CUGCUGCUCUCGCAAAAAGAGAUUUACCCCGGAGUUGAGUCUAGUAACUAAAUUGUUAGGGCUGGUUAUAUUUUAAAACGUAUAAAUGUAUAAGAGGGUAAGCGUGUGUGUGGGGGGGCUGUCUCUCGUAGUCGGGCCUUUGUAGCUCAGAGGUUUGGGAACGGAAAGUACCUUUUGCUUUAUGGGGCUGCGAGAGAGAUACGGUGUUGCUAAGCAACCUGAAGCGCUCUAGCUUAGAACCCGCGCCGCUGAGGCGGUUCCUAGGAAAAUGCUGCCACCUGUGGCAGGAGAAGAUGGCCCUGAGGUGGAAAGUUAUCUUUUACAUUAGACAAAUGUAUAAUAUCAAUGGAACAUAACUUAUGGGCUUUUCGCAAUCCCGGAGAUGAUGAGGAAGACUUGCUUGCCAAUGUUGUGAGUUUAAGGAGUCAGCUCAGGAAAACAGAAAAAAGUUUACAAGACCUGGGAGAAGAGCUUAAUGGUACUAAGUUGCAUGAUAAUUCAGACCUCAGCAUACAUGAUGGUGAGCUUGAGAUUUUAACCAUGGAAGAUCUUCUUGAUCCUAGUGAAUUACAGAAUUCAUCAUCUCAGUCUACUGUGAGCAGAAUGUCAUGGCAUAACAGGGAUUCUUUGAGGAAGCUCGGGAACAAAUCUUAUUCACUGUCUUUGGAGAAAAGCAUGGAGGAAGAAAAUGAAUUACUACGGGACAAACUGAAUAUAGUCCGAGAAAAAAAUGCAUCCUUGACUUCCCAGAAUCAUCAUCUAAUGAAUGAAAUUGAAACAAUUAACUUUGAACUGAACCAGUCAAGAGCACGAAUAUCUUUCCUUGAAUCUGUUUUGAGUACACACUCAGUCAGCAUUCCAAUGUUAGAAGAACAGCUAGCAAGUUUGGAAGGAGAAGUUCAAGCUCAGGAUAAUGUUCUGAAACAGACAGAAGAUAAAUUAGAGCAAAGCCAGAAAAUGCUAUUGGAAAAAGAAUAUUCUUUGCAGAAGUUGAAAGAGGAAUUUAAAGAAAUGAAAACUGAUUUAAUUGAACGAAGCAAACAAGGAAAGAGAACUGAACAGCAAAGAAAUGAAGCUCUAUUUAAUGCUGAGGAGCUGACAAGAACAUUUAAAAAAUACAAAGAGAAAAUCACUGAGAAACUUGAAAAGGUUCAGGAGGAAGAACAAACUUUAGAAAAAAAAUUAAUGAAUUGUGUGAAAGAAAAGGAAAAAUUGCAUGCAAAAUGCAAUUGCUAUAGAAGUGAGCUUGAAAACACGAAGGAACAACUGAGACAAUUAGUUGAAGACAGUAAUAUUGGAAAAGAAAAUCUAAGAUGUGUAGAAGCCAAAAGUUCUAAAAUGGAACUGCUACUGAAGCAUUCUCAGCAGACGAUACAGAUGCUCGAAAAUAGACUUCAGGACCAAGACACAAUUCUUGAAGAGAAAAAUGCCCUAAUACAUGAAACUGCGGACUUAAAAGCACUCGUUGCACAGCAGAAUGAUCGCCUUAAGUUGUACCAUCAAGAAAUUGAGAAUUCAAGAAUUGAACUGAAAACCUUAGAAAAUAUUAUUUCCCAGUUGUCCCAAAGUUCAUCAAAACAGGUUAAUCAUUCCGUGCAUCAUUCUAAAGACACAUCAUGUCCCAAUUGUUCUGAAUCAAAUGGAUCCAUGAUAGAAGAGCUAAGGGUAAAACUGAAUAUGAAAGAAGCAGUGAUUCAGAACCUUCAGGCAGAACUUAUGGCUGGUAAAAUAUGUCAUGAUCUCUCUGAUGAAAAUGAAGGACGAGAAUUGCAUGCCUUAGAAACUGAACCAGUAAAACUGGCAGGAAAUCAAACAGAGAGAAAAUGCCAACAAUUGGAACUUAUCAGUAAACAGUUUGAAAAGGAGAAGCGAAGAUUAAAUAGACAGUUAGAAGAACUACAUACUAAACUGGAAAAAUCUGAAGAUGAGAAUUCAUUUUUAAAGGAGAACAUGGCCCAACGAACUAGUCAUUUUCAAGCAAUACAGGAAGAAUUGUUGGAGAAAACUUCAAAAUCUAGUAGCUUGGAACGAGAAACAGCAAGGAAAUCCUCUCAGAUCUCAGCCCUUGAAAAACAGUUGGAAGAAAAGACAGUUGCUUAUACAACUGCGGCCACAAAAAAUAUUGAGCUGGAACAGGAAUUAGUGGAAGUGAAUGCUCGGCUUCACACCUUGGAAAGAAGCUUCAAUGAGGAAUACGGGCACUUAUCUGUAAUGCUAGAAAAAACAAAGAUAAUUCAUCUUGAGCAACACAAAGAGAUGGAAAACCAGAUUGAAUUACUUCAGUCUCGACUAGAAACUACAAAUCAGCAAUUCCUGGAGCAAGAGAACACAAUGUCAGUUUUACAGCAAGAUAUUUUAUGUAAACAUCGUCAGCUUGAAUCACUGGAUCGACUGCUAAUAGAAAGCAAAGAGGAAAUGGAAAAGCAGAAAACCAAGAAGGAUGAGGCUUUAAGGAUAUUACAGUGCCAACUUACUGAGGAAACAAUCAAGGUCAAACAACUACAGACAGCACUACAUAACUGUAAGGAAGAUCUAGCAUUAUAUUUAAGUCGUCUAGAAGAAGAUAAAAUGUUGUUUGAAAAGCAGCUGAAGAAGAAGAAUGACGAGGUGCAGCGAUUGCAAAAAGAAAUAAAGCUACAAAAUGACAAUCUUCAAUCAACUAGUGAACAAAACCUCAUUCUACAGCAAACGCUACAGCAGCAGCAACAAAUGUUACAUCAAGAAACCAUUAGGAAUGGGGAAUUAGAAGACAACCAAACUAAACUCCAAAAACAGGUAUUAAAACUAGAGCAAGAACUUCAAAAACAGAAGGAAAUUUUGGAGGAAGAGUUGAGAAAAGCAAAUGAGAAACUCCAUUUAGCCUCUGAAGAAACUGAUUUGAAAAGACAAAAAGUAACAGAACUUACAUGCACGAUCAGGCAGAUUAAAAUAGAGAUGGACCAAUGUAAAGAUGAGCUAAUAGACAUGGAGAAAGAGUUAGUUCACUUAAGACGAGAUGGUCACACUAAAGCAAUGCAAUUGGGCCACUUGGAAAUGACUUUGGAGCAGAAACUCAUAGAACUGCAGAAAAAGACACAGCAAGUGAAAGAGUUGGAAGAGAAACUACUAAAGAGUGAGGCGCAGCAAAAGGAUUUUAUGCAGAAAAUAGAAACACUGGAGACUGACUUGCAGAGUGCCAAUGAGGAGCUAAAAACCUCUUUGAGACAACUACAGGAAUUUCAAGAUAUGCUACAGAAUUCACAUAUGUCUCUGGAGGAGAAGUAUGCUGCUAUCCAGGGUUUAACAGAAGAACUAAGAGAAUGCAAGGAUGAACUUGAGGACAAAAAGCAAGAACUUCUUGAGAUGGACAAGGCACUGAAAGAAAGGGACUGGGAUUUGAAACAAAGAGCAGCUCAGGUUACACAGUUGGAUAUGUCAAUUCGUGAGCACAGGGGAGAAUUGGAACAAAAAAUAAUUAUAUUAGAAGGAAAUUUGGAAAAAGCAGAGUUGCAGAUCAAGAAAUGUAAUAAACAGAUUGAGAAUUUAGAGAGCAAGCUGCAGCAUUCAAAAGAUGAACUUCAUGAGAAAGAGCUUAACAUACUCCAACAAGGUCAAGAGAUAAACCAGCUUAAGAAAGAAACUGAAAGAAAGCAACAAAGAAUAACGGAUAUCGAGAGAAAGAUGAAAGAACAGGAAAAGUGCAUAGCAGAACAGUACAAAGAAAUACUUGAUUUGGGUCAACAGUUGAGGCUAGAACGUGAACAGAUGAAAAAUGUCCAUAUGGAGCUACUGGAGAGUCGGCGUCAACAGGCUCAAGCUCAGAGGGACGUGGAUAGGAUCUCUCUUGAACUGGAAGAAGUGAACCAUCUUUCACAUGAAAAAGAAAGUCGUGCAAAUCAUUUGUCAGAACAACUGGGAGCAGCUCAGGCACGGGAAACCCAGUUAGAAGCAAGAAUGCAAGCAGAGAUUAAGAGGCUCUCCAUGGAAAUACACUCACUAAAGCAGUCUUAUACAUCAGAGAAACUCUCACAUGAAGCACAGCAAACAAAAUGGAAGCAGUCAGCAUCUAAAUCUCAUCAUCUUUGCGGGCAGUUGCAGCAGCUGAAGCUGGAGCUGGAAGAAGCUCGAGGCACUGUCUAUAACCUGCAACAACAGCUUCAGUCCAGCAAUGAGAUGAUUCAAGCAGCAAAUGAAGCUCUGCUUCUCAAAGAAUCUGAAGUUACAAGAUUGCAAACUAGAAUUGCAGGUCAUGAAAGAACAGAAGGCAUCAAGCAUCUAUCAGCCCCACAAAACCUAUCCACUCAUCGAUGGCUUGAUGAUCAAGAACUGGAUUUUGCCAAGCAUUCUCAGAUUUCUACACAGAGAAAAUUGUGUCGCUCUACAAGCACUAAUGAACUAAGCAUUAAAGAUGAUGGGAAUUUAAUAGAUCUGAAACAGAUAUUUACAUUAGACUCUUCAGUGAUUUGCAGGAAGCCAAAAGACAUAAUUCAUGCUUCACCAAAAAGUCCAAAUGAAUCUUCCUUUGAUCCCUUGACACACCUGGUAGAUGGAGAUGUGACUUGUGAUAGUAAUGACUUCCACACUCUGAGUGGCAUGCUAAAAUACAUCAAUGAAGAGAUGAAGAGUUCUGAAAAUUCUUCACUAUAAUUUUCACCCAAUGCAAAGGAAUAUUCAAGAACAAAGAUUAUGAAGAAGCAGUGUGCUGGCAAGCGGUCAACCACAGCUGGAUUUGUUGGCACAGUGUUAUGUUCAUGAGGACAUUUUUAUGCCAACCAUGUAUAUAGUUCAGAUACUUAAAGUGACUUAUAAUCCUAUCUCAUUUUUCCCAACUCUAUUUUUAUGAUUAUUGCUUUAAAGUAAUUUGUACAGUAAUAAAGGUGUAGGAUUUUUGUUAUGCUUUCUCUUAAAGAGAAAUGUGGAGGGUAUGGAUUUUUUUAAAAAAAGAAACUCCUGACACUUUUGUUGAAAUAUCAGACUUUAUCAUUACUGAAUUAAUAAACAAACAACAAAAUUGUGUUGCUUGCUUUUCCUCAUACCGUUGUAGCAAAAUACCCAUCACAACAGGUUGUGGCUAUGAAGGGAAGGCUUUAAUAUCACAAGGACUCAGUGAAGGGGGAUUAAUAAGUGGCAGUUAAGUGAUACAUAGGUGCAUUCAAAGACGCCUUACCUUAUGCUGUGGGAUCAUUGUCAGAAAGCACUGAGCCACCCAGUACCCAAGACAGAGGGCAGUUUUUUUUCCUCAGUGUCCCAAAAUGUAUUGAGUUUUCCCAAGAGGGUAACAUAGCAAUCUUUCACUUAUAAUUGGGAGUAAGUAAC